AUGUUAUUAUACAUUAUCACUGGAUCAACAUUCUCGAAAUUGAUUGGUUCAUCAUGGAGAGGAAAUAAGAUCAAUAUGUUUAGUAGCGAUCACAGGUACUAUUGUUCACUUGCGGCUACAGCAACAUUCAUAUUAUCACCUAAUAUUGGGGGCUCACCAGCAUACCCUUCUUUGAUACUAUCAAAAAGAAUCAAUCAGAAUGAAACAAGCAGCAAUAUCGACGCUUUUUCUUCUUCCGGUAAUAACAGCAUCGCCACAACGUACAACAACAGGUCACUAAAAAGGAGCUUCGUGUACAAACCAUCAUCGUCGUCCUCCUCCUCUGAUGAUAAUAAUGAAAAAGAUUCAAUACCCUCAAAGCCACCGCCAUUAAUGAUUCUGAUUGGCUGGUUCAAUUCAACACCAAGGUACUUUCGUCAUUACAUUCAAAUAUAUACAAACACAUUUAACGUGGAUACGCUAUCGCAUAUUCCUCCUUCACAUCACCCUUUUCUGCCAUGGACUAUUUUGCCACACAUUCGUCAUCUCGCACGAAAUUUAUUAGCAUAUUGGGCUGAAAAUGGACGUCCUGAGGUUGGAUUCCAUGUAUUUAGCAAUAACGGUGCUUAUCAUUACGCGUUAUUGUUCGAAGUGAUACGUGAAAUUUCCAAAGAAACAUCACCCGGAUAUGAUGCAAGGAUUUCACGUGAUGCUAUACAAUUUCUAAACUCUGUGGAAUCAUGUGUCAUGGACUCGGCCCCUUCUCCCAUACUUCCAAAAUACAUUGCUUUGGGAGUAGCCGGUGGCUUUUUACGCCCUGCAUCUAUUACUCCUCCUUCCCCGUCAAAACUUAUUCAUUCCGAAGUUUCAUCGUCCGCCUCAGAUAAACAUUUUGAUAGAGUCACCAUUAACCCACCCUCAUUUCUCGUGCGUCUCAUUAACGCAUACUUUCAAUUGGAGGUUACCAAAAAAUAUCAAAAAGUUGCUCACGAUGCUAUCUCGAGAAUACCCGGCGGAAACACGCGAUAUUUAUUCAUUUAUAGUCUAGAUGAUCAGAUCGUGCCUGAUUACGAAGUGGAAAAGUUUAUCAAAACUUUAAAAGAUCGUGGUACACCCAAAUGA